CAAAGCUGCAUAGGUACAUGCCUACAACAAGUGCUAGUAAAAAGAAGCCUUCUCCUAAAUGUAGUGGGGCAAAAAAGAGUGGAGGUUCUCCAAGUGAGCGGAUUGGAAUCCAGCCCUAGAGAGGUCCCUUGUUGACAUUCUCCAUGAGUAUAAAGAUAGUGGCUAUAGAGGUGACAAUGGAUGGAACUCUGAAGGGUGGAAUAAGAUGGUCAAGGAGUUCCAUCUGAGGAACAAGUAUGUUUCCUACACAAAGGCUCAGAUUCAAGAGAAAGAAGGUCAGUUGAAGAGAGACCACAAGAUGCUCAAAGCGGCAAAGCAACAGAGCGGGUCGAGCUGGAACGAGAAAAGGAAUAUGGUUGAAGGACCACCAGCUAUGUGGACAAAUCUCAUGACAUUCCCUAAAAUUAAGAAGUUUAACAACAACAAGGCAACCUUUCCACUCUUUGAUGCUUUGGGAGAGCUUUAUGAUGGGCACUUGGCUGAAGGGAUUUACAAUGUCACUUCUCUUGAGACACCGCAAUAG